GUGAAUCACAGCUUCAGAGGGGGAGUCGAGCACCAAACACUGCUCUUCACUCAAACUCAUCUCUUAUUGCGCUUUUACUUUGCUUUAGAUUCAAAACUGAAAGAGAGUCUCUAGGUCACAUUUGCGCCCGAGAAACAAAGUUUGAGACAAAAGGGAAGUUUUGAGAGCGCUCAUGGCUGCUCUAAUUAGCGCGUACUCGUCCUGGCCGGAGAGCUUUGAGUGCUCUGCGGGAAACGCGGACGUACCUGACGGACACACCUCCCACAGAGCUCCCGCGGACAAGGUGUCGGAGCCGCGCAUCAGGAGACCCAUGAACGCCUUCAUGGUGUGGGCCAAAGAUGAGCGCAAGAGGCUCGCGGUGCAAAACCCCGACCUCCACAACGCGGAGCUAAGCAAGAUGCUGGGAAAGUCAUGGAAAGCUUUAACUCCACCGCAGAAGAGACCGUACGUGGAGGAAGCAGAGCGUCUGAGGGUGCAACACAUGCAGGACUACCCCAAUUACAAAUACCGUCCCCGUAGGAAGAAGCAGCUGAAGCGCAUCUGUAAACGCGUGGACCCCGGCUUCCUCCUGACCACCCUCGGUCCCGACCAAAACUCCCUCCCGGACCCGCGAGGCUGCUGUCACCCCCUGGAUAAAGACGAGGAGAGCGGCGUGAGCGCCGGCGGCGGCUUCGGCUCUCCAAGCGCGGCUCUGCCCGGCGUCAGGGUCUUCAGAGAUCCCGCGAGCUCCAACAGCAGCUUCGACACGUACCCGUACGGCCUGCCCACACCGCCUGAGAUGUCUCCUCUGGACGCCGUGGAUCACGAACACCAGUCCUACUACUCGUCCUCCUCCACCAGCUCCUGCUCGUCUUCCGCCUCUUGCCCAGACGACAGGCGUCCCACGCCGGCACACAUGAGCAGUCCUCCUCCUUACCAUCCCGAUUACUCCCAACAGGCACCUCUGCACUGCGGGAGCUCACAUCUGGGCCACAUCCCGAUGUCCCACCAGGGAAGCGGGGCGACUUUUAUUCCAGCGCAUCCACUGUCCUAUUACAGCCCGUCGUUCCCACAGGUUCAGAUCCAUCACGGGCACCAGGGGCACCUCGGCCAGCUCUCACCCCCUCCGGAACAGGGUCACCUGGAGGGUCUGGACCAGCUGAGCCAGGCUGAAUUGCUGGGCGAGGUCGACCGAGACGAGUUCGACCAGUACCUAAAUUCCAAUAGUUAUCACCCCGAGCAGGGUGGGAUGACGGUCACGGGACACAUCCAGGUAACGCCGGCUUCCGUUUGCUCGAGCAGCGCUACGGAAACCAGUCUCAUCUCCGUACUGGCCGACGCCACGGCAGCCUACUACAACAACUACAGCAUUUCAUAAACGCCAAAACAAGGACAGUUGACACAGACAGAGACUGUGGGUCAGCAGUGUGACUGGCAGGUGAAAGGGGGGCUGCGGAGGGAGCGGAAAAGAGAAGCUACAGGAAGUCAAAGGACACCUCAGGGAUGCAUAGAUUAAAAAAAAACACUGAAGUUCAUUCCCAUCUUUGUUUCCAAAAAGAGAACGGAAGUAAAAAAAAAAAGGACAAACAUAGAAAUGCUCUCAUAUCUUGCCACAAAAGCAUGUAUAUAUGCGAUAAAGCUUAUUUAUAUAUCGAAUUGCUUUGCAUUAAAGCUUAUUGUAUUGUUUUUCAGUCCAGAUAUAUUCAUGUUUUUUUUUUUGUUUUUUUUUUCAAACCUCAAUUGUUUUACCUCAAGAAUUAUUUAAGUGAGGCUGGUCUCUUCCUUCAUUAGGACUUGAUUUUGAAGGAAAUUUGGCCUUUUCUUUUCCCUUUACAUUCAUUUUAAAAAUGUAUAUGUAUACUCAUAAACAGUUAAAAGACAAAUAAUAAUAAUGAAUACUAUUGUAUGCCAAUUUAGGUUUGCCAUAUUAAUUUAAUUCAAAUAAAAUUUUGAGUUUAUGUUUGUGUUUGCCCAUAUAAGUACAGCACAGUGAUUCUGUCUGGACUUGAGAGAAAAAAAAAAAAAAUGUUGCAGAUGCUCAUCAUUUUUGUGAUAUAUUAAAAGUGAAUGUUCUGAGGUCCCGUCUGAAUUAGACGCCGCUAAAUAAAAACACAAUAUAAAUACAGGA